AUGGCCUACUCGCAGACUCGGCUGCACAACCCGCUUGUGCGGCCGCCGCGAGGGCCACGGACGCCUGCACACAUCCCGGCGUCGCUCCUCCCGCUCAUCUCGACCCGCAACGGCCACAUCGUCCGGCUGUACAACAUCCUCGCGCACCUCCUCACGCUGCCCCCGUCGCCCGAGACGUCCGUGCGGACCCUGCGGGCAUGGCGAGCGCUCGCUAGCUGCAGGGAGGUGCACCUGAGCGUGCUCUGGCGGACGGGCGCGGCUGUCAUCGAGCGGAUGAGGGUCGAGGGCGGCGACGCGGACGACGACGAGGAAGAGCAGCGCUGGCGGGCCGGGCAGCGCGCAGAGUGGCUCAAGUACUGCCAGGAGGGCAGGGUGGACCGCGUCGACAAGUUCAACGAGUACAUCCUCGCCCUCGUCGCCGCCGGUCGCGCCGAGUUUGCCCUCGACGAGCUCGACGCCUACCUCGACAACCAGCCCUACACCGACUCGAUCAAACUCAACACCCUCUACGGCCUCCUCGCUCUCCUGACCGCCCAGCCCUCGAACUUCUCUGCUGCCCGCACCCGCGCUUCCUCCGCCUCAGAAGACUCGGAUUCGUCUUCGGAUGAUGAGUUCGGCUUGUCGCGGAAGCGGCGCAACGGUCGGUCUAGCCAAUCUGCUAAGCGUGCUCGCGUGAACGGGCAAGACGAGGGUCCCGUCGACGCUGACGAGGAGUACUCCAUCCUGCUACCGGCAAUCGCUGCCGCUUCCCCCAACCUCUUCUCGAAAGCGACAGAGCGGUUCAAGCGUGCUGCCCGGCUCGCAGACCGCGAAGCUCGCGACGCGAAGAAGGAGGAGGGCGCGAGCGAGGCAGCACGAUGGCUGAGCUUGAUCCGACGGCAUGUCGACAAGCAGGCAGCAGAUCGCAGCGACUCGCCCUAG